AUGGAUUACUUAAAACCGGUACAAAAAGGGAGAAGACGUGGUCUUUCCAUCAACAGUCUUUCAGAGACUCAGCAAUCUGCUAUGAAUAGUUCCCUGGACCACCUUCAGAAUGACUUAAAUAGGAUAAAUCUUCAAUGGAAUAGAAUACUUUCAGACAAUACAAAUCCCUUAGAACUAGCGCUCGCAUUUUUGGACGAUACAUCUGUGGGUCUGGGCCAUCGGUAUGAAGAAUUCAACCAAUUAAGGUCACAAAUCGGUAGCCACUUACAAGACGUUGUCAAUGAACACAGCCAAGUUUUUAACACUAAUGUGGCUUCUUAUGGAAAAGUAGUCAGUUCAAUUAUGCAGGCCCAGGAACAGACUUUGAAUCUGAAAAAUUGCUUGAAGGAGGCUAAUGAGAAAAUCACCACCGAUAAAGGCUCUUUACAGGAAUUAAACAAUAACAACUUGAAGUAUACAAGAAUGAUUGAUGUUUUGGUCAAUAUUGAGGAGUUAUUGCAGAUCCCCGAAAAAAUUGAGGAGAACAUUAGAAAGGAAAAUUUCCAUCAGGUGCAGAUUUUGCUGGAAAGGGGAUUUAUAUUAAUGAACAAUAAAUCCUUGAAAACAGUGGAAAUUCUGAAGCCUAUAAACCAACAACUUGAAUUACAAGAACAUUUACUUUUCAACAAUUUGAUUGAAGAGAUUCACGACAUUAUGUACUCCAAAUCUAGCAAAACGAAUUUUACUCGAGUAACCAAUAACGAUAUUUUCAAAAUCAUAAGUAUUUCACAUAAUGGAUUUACUAGCUUGGAAAAUUACCUGUACAACAUAGUCAAUAUUGAUAUUAUGGAACACGCAAAGAUGAUAAACAAAAACCUCGAAGAAUUCAUUCACGACCAAUCCUUGAAUAAAGGAGAUAUCAUGCUACAAGAGAAUUAUGCCUCUCAACCAUCGCUGGUAUCAUCUAGAAACCAAGAAAACGAAGGAUUCAACAGAAUCGGGUUCCUAUUGAAAACUAUAAAUAACAUCAAUAAAUUACCUGUUGCAUUUAACAUCAUAACGGAAAGAGCCAAAGAGGAAAUCCAUAAUAUAAUUGUUAAAACUACCGAAUCAAUACGUUCGAAGCACCCUUCUUUGCUUAAAAUGGCCACUAGUUUGAAAAAUGACAACCAAUUCGGCCUACCCGUACAGGAUAUACUAUCCAUCAUUUUGAGGGAAAGCUUUUGGGAAAUCUUCUUGAAAUUACUUUACGCUAUUCAAUGUCACCGGGCCAUUUUUGAAAUGUCAAACAUUUUGCAGCCAACGUCUUCCACGAAGCCUGCUUACAAGUUCAAUAAAAUCUGGAGCAAACUGUUAGACGAAAUAGAAUUAUUACUUAUAAGGUAUAUCAACGACCCCGAGCUGCUAACCAGCAAUAACGGCAGCAUUAAACCAAUUAAUGGCGUGACGAACAACGCACCCAACUUACCCAAAAGGAAAAAUCCCAAAAUCUUCUCUUUGGAGUAUAAUAUUGAGGAUAAUUCUUCAGUAAAGGAUCAAGCUUUUGAAUUAAAGGCUUUAUUGAAGGAUAUCUUCCCCGGAUUCUCUGUCUCUUCAAACAUGGAUUUGGAUUCUAUUUACGUGAAAGAUGAAUCCUUUGAGCAAGAUGAGCCUUUAGUCCCUCCUUCUGUCUUUAAUAUGAAAGUAAUUUUAGACCCAUUUUUACUGUUUACGCAAUCAACGUCUACAAUCGUUCCAAGUGCCUUAGUGGAAAAUUCUAUUUCAUCACUGACUUUUUUUGGUGAUUACAUGAAUAAAAACUUUCUCCCAAGGAUUCAGAUGACAAUGGAUUAUUUAUUUACAGUUGAAGUAGAAUCCAAUAAUCCGUAUGCGUUAGAACUAUCCGACGAAAACCAUAACCUAUUUAAAACAGCAUUAGAUUUUCAAAGAUUAUUCUACAACUUAUUGAAUGUUUUCAACACAGCAAACACAUUCAGAGAAAAAAUAUCCUAUUGCAUUUUGGAUCUUUUAAGUCAUUUUUACAAUUAUUACUUAGGACUCUUCAAUGCCCUGAUUGGAACUUCUGAUAGGAACCUAAGUAGGAAAAUAAUUACAGCAUGGUUGCAAAAUAGUGUUUUGAUGGAUCAAGAGAAAAGAAUUUUGAACGGGGAUGAGUCACUUUUCCAUGAAGAGUCCAGAGAAUUAUUUAAGGAAAUACCUAAUUUCUAUCAAGUGGGUAAAGGUUUGAGUAAGUCUGAUUUAUUCAAUAACUUGACAUUGGACACAAUUCUGCAGUUUUCGGCAAGCGUAAUAUGGAUUUUAAACUGGCUGCCACAUUUAAAGAAGGCCAUUAAUAUUGAUGAAAUAAACCAAGAACCCAUGCUAGAUGCCGAUAGAUUAAGGAUUAGUUGGACAUUUUCUGAAUCAAUGGAUUUGAACCUUUCGAACCCGAGUUCCAGCGCAAACUCGUUAGGGAAUUUAAAGAUUUUAUUGGAUGACAAGGCCUCUAAAAAAUUUGAUGAAACUGUUGACGGAUUCAAAACCCUAAAAUUCAAACUAAUCUCCAUACUGAGAUUUAACAUUAGAGCCUUGUGUAUACAUGACAUCGGUUCUUUUUUUCAAAACACUAAAAUUUGGAAUAUGGAUGUGGGUAGUAUUGAAUUAGAUCAAAAUAUAGCCUCUCUAAUUUCUGAAUUGAGAAGGACUGAAAAUAAACUGAAGCAACAGUUAUCAGAAAAGGAGAAAAACUCCAUAUUUAUUGGCCUCGAUAUAGUCAAUAAUUACGCCCUGAUUAAGGGUGCCAAAUCCAUAAAGGUUUUGAACCAUAACGGGAUCAAGAAAAUGUUAAGAAAUGUAAAUGUCUUACAACAUGCUUAUAGAAACCUUUCUUCUGAGCCGUCGAAAAUCAAUAUGAACGUCACAAUGAAUUUUUACUCUUUAUGUGGCUCCAGUGAAGCUGAACUAUUUGAAUAUAUAAAAGACAAUGAAUUACCGCACUGUUCUGUUGAGGAUUUGAAAACCAUAGUAAGGUUGCAGUUUAGCGAAGAGAUGCAUCGUCAACUAAAGAGGCAAAGCACUAGCUCUACUAAAGGUUCCAUAAAACCUUCUAAUAAGAGGUACACUGAAGCUUUGGAGAAACUAAAUAGGCUAGAAAAAGAGCAGUCGAAAGAAGGAGCACACUCCAAAAUUGGAAAACUUAAAAGCAAAUUAAAAGUUGUCGAUACCGAAAAUGAAAAAUGA